AUGUUCAUUUUCCAUAUACAUAUCUUCUCCGGUCACCAUCUCCUCAUCUACCUGCUGUCGGCAUCCAUAGCGGAAGAAUUAGCCCCGGAUUCCAAUACCUCGCAUGCCGAUAUCCGCGUUUUACAACCAGCGGAAGACACCACCAGACAGACACAUGAAGUACAAUUCCAUUACCGAAUCGCAGCGCGCCACAAAGGUCAUUUGACGUGUGAAGUGAUGCUAAGCACUGAUACCAAAAAGGAUUUUGAUAAAACUGACAACCAAAGUCUCAGCCAUGUUUAUCUUCGAUGUCCACUAGUCCCAGCGGGAAUCUGCUACGUGGAUUGCACACCAGCCUGCUCCUAUGAUGAGGUUGAGGGUUGUGUGGUGCCGCCUUCAUUAUCAUCAGCCAUCGAAGACUGUCGGUUUGAGAUUCCUCCGGAAGGCGAUAAGAUUGUCCUCGACUACACAAUUGCUAUGGACAUGCUUGAUAGAACAGGGGAGUGGAAUUGUGAAUAUCUGGGAAUAGCUGCGCCUAGACCUUUGAAACUCGAGGCUUCGCCAAAACUGCCCAAUUUUGCGAAGAUUACAACCAUCGCGUCCACAACAACCGCUCCUGCUCCCACUUCCCCUACCUCUCCUUCUCCUACUCCCACUCCUUUGGUUAUCAUCUAUCAACCUCAUCAUCCACCUUUUCCGAUGAGACAAUCCAAACAAACUUCGGGUAUGUGA